GCGGUUGAUCGAGCGCUUUCCACAUCAGAAAAAUCAACAAAUCAGCAUCGGCUGGCAUCGGUUGACAUCGGUUUCAGAGUGUGUUGUGUACGGGGAGGCUGGAGGUGCUGUAACUGCAGCCAGAGCUUGGCCUCAUUUGUGUGUCAAGUAUUCAGCUAGAUUGUUGCACAAUCAAAACGGGUUCAAGCGGGCGCACUUGCCGUAUACGCAACGCAAAGCUAGCUGAAAGUUGCGCAUACGUCACGGCGUCGCAUUGGAUGGCGCGACCAUUGAUCCGCGCCACAAAUCAUACGACACUCAAGCACUUCAUAGGCACUAACGUGGCCCAGAGCCAAUCAGCAGCAUGGGAUACGACGACGUCAUCACCCACCUGGGCGAAUUCGGUCGCUACCAGAAGCGAAUCUACUAUCUGCUCUGUCUGCCGGCCAUUGUCUGUGCCUUCCACAAGCUCGCCGGUGUCUUCCUCUUGGCCACGCCCGACACACGCUGCCAGCUGCCACACGAGGAUGCGGCCACAGCGAAGUUCGCCUCGCUGCCGCUGGACAAGUGGCCCCUGGCCUAUCCCCUGGACAGUGUGACCGGCAAGGCCCAGACCUGCGAGUACUACGAUGUGGCCUACAGCGCGGACUACCUCAAUGGCAGCGAGCCCUACACACAGAACGGAACAGUGGCCUGCUCCACGGGCUUCCUCUACGACCAGAGCAAGUACCUCAACAGCGCCGUCACCGAGUGGAAUCUCGUCUGCGGACGUGGCUUCAUGGCAGCCACCAGUGAUUCCCUCUUCAUGCUGGGCGUGCUGCUGGGCAGCUUCAUCUUCGGCCAGAUGUCGGACAAGCUGGGGCGCAAGCCCACCUUCUUCGCCUCGCUGAUCCUGCAGCUGAUCUUCGGCGUGCUGGCUGCCGUGGCGCCCGAGUACUUCAGCUACACGAUCUCCCGCAUGAUCGUGGGCGCCACCACAUCGGGCGUCUUCCUGGUGGCCUACGUGAUCGCCCUGGAGAUGGUUGGAUCCUCGUAUCGACUCUUUGCCGGCGUCGCCAUGCAGAUGUUCUUCUCCGUGGGCUUCAUGCUGACGGCGGCCUUUGCCUACUUCAUCCACGACUGGCGCUGGCUGCAGAUCGCCCUCACGCUGCCAGGACUGCUCUUCGUCUGCUACUACUGGAUCAUUCCGGAGUCUGCGCGCUGGCUGCUGCUCAAGGGGCGCAAGGACGAGGCCUUUGUGAUCAUCGAGAAGGCUGCCAAGGAGAACGGGGUGCGCAUACCCAGCGAGAUCUACGAGCAGCUGGUGGAGGAGGUGGCCGAAAAGAAGAAACAGGACGAACUAGCGGCCGACCAGCCGGCGGCCACAGUGUUCGACCUUCUGCGGCAUCCGAAUCUGCGCCGGAAGACGCUGCUCAUCUUCUUCGAUUGGUUCGUCAACAGCGGCGUCUACUACGGCCUGUCGUGGAACACCAACAAUCUGGGUGGCAAUCAGCUGCUCAACUUUAUGAUCUCUGGCGCCGUCGAGAUUCCCGCCUACGUGCUGCUCCUCUUCACUCUGAAUCGCUGGGGCAGGCGAUCGAUCCUCUGCGGCACCAUGCUGAUCGCUGGAGUGUCGCUUCUCCUCACCAUCGCCGUGCCCAGCGGCAAGACCUGGAUGAUUGUGGCCUGUGCAAUGGUUGGUAAGCUGGCCAUCACGGCCUCCUAUGGCACCAUCUACAUCUUUUCGGCGGAGCAGUUCCCGACAGUUGUGCGGAAUGUGGGUCUGGGCGCCUCCUCCAUGGUGGCCCGAGUGGGCGGCAUACUGGCGCCGUAUCUGAAGCUACUCGGAGAGAUCUGGCAGCCAUUGCCAUUGAUCAUCUGUGGGGCACUCUCGCUGACGGCUGGACUACUCUCGCUGCUGCUGCCCGAGACGCUGAACAAGCCCAUGCCGGAGACCAUCGAAGAUGGCGAGAACUUUGGCAAGAAUCAGGAUCCGUCACUCAGUGCAGAGGGUGGCAGCAAUCAAGAGCUCAAGGAGAUGCUCAAUCAAAGCUAGCUGCCACUUGUCACAG